AUGCAAUGCAUGUGGCGCGAGAUGGCCCGGAUGCGUGGGAGAAUGGCGUUAGACCUCUUGCCACAACCACCAGCGCGCCCUGUUGCUCAGGCAUCGCCGCCGAUGUGUUUGGUUCCGUGGAUCACUAUCUGUGACGAACAAAUUCGACACUUUGUGUGCCAGGAUUUGAAGGAAGCUGUGUGCAAGAACACCUUAUCGGAGGUCUCACAUACCGGCCGAAGGACCAGGCCUUUGCCUUCGGUGACUUCUGAGAACGUGACGAAGUUGGCAUGGAAAUGCAUGGAAUGGGUUGCUGAAGAAGUCCGCGCUCCUUGGAGGGUUUGGUGGCAAACUGCUGACAUGUGUGACAACACUAUGUCACUACCGCGAUGUCUGUCUUUCGGCCUCCAACACACAUGGCGCACAGAGAUCCCCAUCAUCUUUGCGAACUAUAACGCCUCGUGGUCAACGGUGAUUGACUCAACCCAGUGCACCUUUUUCACGCGGCGGGUUUAUCCGCACUCCUCGGAUACUGAGAUUUCGGCCAUCCUGAAUGAUGACGCUGGCGCCUCCGGUUUCGUCGCCUCGGUUCAGGCCACGCCGUUCGACCGCGAUCUACAGAGAGAAGGCGAAGCAGGCCCAGAAGUAGGCGGCGGUUGUGGACGGAAUCGACUGUCCAAUGAUUGGUAUUGGCCGACAAGUUCUCUACACGCGGACGGCAGACCCUCCUCACAAAUUCGCGAAGGAUUGUGGGCCGGCGGUAGGUGCUAG